UCGUUUUUCAUCUAAAUGGUAAGGUUAGUUUUUAAUCCAAAAGGUUGGUGAGAGUUGGGAGAGGAAGUUGUCAAUGGAUCCUUACUCCGAGGAAAGACUAACCCAAGAGGUCCUCCAUCUUCAUGCUCUCUGGCACCGAGGCCCGCCGCCGAGGAACCCUAUACCCACUCACAACCAUUCAUCCACCCCCCUCGCCAAUCCCAUUCCCUCCAACAAGAGACCCAUAGGUCCAGAUAAGCCAAAGAACAAGAACAAGAACAAGAAAAAAACCACGCCCCGACCCACCACAACCACAAGACUCCGCCCCAACUGGCCCUGUCCCCAGCCGCUUCAAAAUCAGCCCUCCACCUCAUCUUGGUGGCCGCCAAUUCAGCCCGUUCCCACUCCCGCAGCUCAGCCUGUAUCGUCUGAAGACCGACAAAAUCUUGCAGCAUUGCAAUUGCAAGACGAGGGUUCCGAUGCCUGCCGGGAAUUUUUUGCUAGAAAUGCCGAUUCAGAGAGUGACGAAGAAGAAGAGGAGGAGGAGGAAGAUGAUUGGGAAAUGAUGGAAAGUAAAGAGUAUAAAUUCUUUUUGAAGAUGUUCGUGGAGAAUGAAGAACUUAGGGUUUAUUACGAGAAGAAUUGUGAAAGCGGGUUGUUUUGUUGCUUGGUUUGUGGUGGAAUGGGGAAAAAGAAAUCUGGGAAAAGGUUUAAGAACUGUCUUGGGCUUGUUCAACAUUCGAUUUCGAUAUCGGGGACGAAGAAGAAGCGAGCCCAUAGAGCUUUUGGUCUGGUUGUAAGCAGGGUUUUUGGUUGGGAUGUUGAUCGACUUCCAACGAUUGUGUUGAAGGGCGAGCCACUUAGUCGAUCAUUAGCCAAUUCAGGAGACUUGAAGGUUCAGCCAGAGGAAAUUCAUGUUGAUAAUAAGUAUGAAGUGGUUUCGGUGAAUGUCAAUGAGGAUGAACAGAAAUUGGAGGAAGUAAAGACAGCUGAAGAUCCUACUUCUAAUUCCAAAGAUUUGAUUUCUGGAGAGGUAACGAUUUUGAGAGCAUGUAAAGAAUUUAAUGGAGCUUUCUUUGGAUCUAUGAACGAUGAUGAUGCUAGUGAAAAGGAGUUAAUGGAUGGAGCUGAGGAGAGCGAAGAGUUCAAAUUCUUUCUGAAGUUGUUCACCGAGAAUGAAAACUUGAGAAGAUAUUAUGAGAACCACUAUGGCGAUGGAGAAUUUACCUGUUUAGCUUGCAAAUUAGCAGGAAGGAAAAUGAAGAGUUUUAAGACAUGUAGCCGCCUUCUCCAGCAUUCUACUCAUCUAGGGAAGAACAAUACACAGAAUCAGGGUCAGAAGCCUCAGAAAACUGAAGUGUUGAAAACGGGAAUGCUGGCUCAUAGGGCAUAUACUUUAGUUGUAUGCAAGGUUCUUGGGUGCGACAUUGAAAUGCUUCCUGCAAUCGUGUUAGAAGGCGAAGCUCUUGGUCGUUCCUUAACGAAGUCAGACGUGUCAAAGUUGCAGGACAAAUCUGUUGGCAAAAUGCAGUCUAGUAAUACGGAUGAUAUCGUUGAAGAUGACUCCGUCUUGGAGGGUGUUAAAUAAACUGAUUCUAUGAAGGUUGAUCGCAAUGGUGAAGUUACUUUGAAGGAUGGUGCUCUGGAUUUUGUAAUGUGAGGUGUUAAUGAGAGUUAAGAACAUAGAUAUGAUUUGAUUAGGUAACAGCGUUAAUAGUAAAAUCUGCCUUCAGCAAAGUUUGAUGAAGGUCGUUUUGUGACAUUUUGGCUGUUUAUGAGAUUAUGAGAUGUAGGCCUAUUCAAAAGAAAAUCAUUUUACCAAUUUUGUCCCUUUUCCUUUA